AUGGCGUCCUCUUUCGCCCCCGGGCUCCGGAGGUUACUCUUGCAGACCUCGAUUACAGCAUCCGGGCCUUCAAAGUUCUUCUUAUGCAACCAAUGUCUUCGAACUGCUCCCCGGAGCACGCCCUCCCGAGUCCUUAACACCGUCCGAUCACGGUCAUAUGCUGAUGCUGCUGUCAACAAGUCAAUUGGAUCAAUCGCCGAGCAGGCUUCUGCUCGUGCAGCUCCCUCUAUUUCUCAAGCCGCCAAGAAGGCAUGGCCUGAGUCGAACCCUAAGGGUGUCGGCCUCUGGCUGAUUGGCAGCGCUGUUAGUGUUUUUGGUAUUGUCGUUUUUGGUGGUCUGACACGAUUGACCGAGUCUGGCCUCAGUAUUACUGAAUGGAGACCUGUUACCGGUUCGCUCCCCCCCAUGUCUAAGGAGGACUGGGAAUCCGAGUUCGAAAAGUACCGCGCCUCGCCCGAGUUCAAGCUUCUCAACCCUCAUAUGAAUCUCGACGAGUUCAAGAAGAUCUACUUUAUGGAAUGGUUUCACCGUGUCUGGGGUCGUUUUAUUGGCCUGACCUUUGUCAUCCCCACUGCCUACCUAGUCGCCCGUCGCAAGGUCACUCCCAAGAUGGCCCUGAAUCUGGCUGGUAUCUCUGCUUUGAUCGGUUUCCAAGGAAUUAUUGGUUGGUGGAUGGUCAAGUCUGGUCUCAAGGACGAUCUGUUCGCGCCUGGCUCCCAUCCCCGUGUCUCCCAGUACCGCCUUACCACUCAUCUUGCCACCGCUUUCGUCUGCUACUCUUGGAUGCUUCUCUCUGGUCUAACUGUUCUGCGAACUCGCCGCUGGCUUAUGAACCCUGAGGCAGCCAUGAAGCAGAUUGGUGAAAUGAGUCAGCCCGGUCUUCGCACAAUGCGCCGUGUCGUUUUUGCCCUUGCUGCCCUGACCUUCACUACUGCCAUGUCUGGUGGCCUUGUUGCUGGUCUCGACGCUGGAUUGAUCUACAACGAAUUCCCCAAGAUGGGUCUCGGUAUCUUCCCUCCCAAGCAGGAGCUCUUUGACAAGUUCUACUCGCGAAAGGAGGACCAGUCUGACCUCUGGUGGCGCAACAUGCUUGAGAACCCAAGCACCGUCCAGAUGAACCACCGAAUCCUUGCCGUGACUACUUUCACCUCCAUUCUUUCACUCUUCAUCUAUGCCCGCACCCGACGUGUUAAGGCUAUCCUUCCCACCAACAUCAAGAAGGGUGCCAACGGUCUUUUCCAUAUGGUGUCACUUCAGGUCGCUCUUGGCAUCAGCACCCUCAUCUAUAUGGUCCCUAUUUCCCUUGCCGCAGCUCACCAGGCUGGUGCUUUGGGUGUUUUGACCAUGGCCCUCGUACUGGCGCACAGGCUGCAUAUCCCCAAGCCUACCCUCCGUCUUCUUGAGAAGCGAUUAAAGGCGGCGGCUGCUGCUAAGUGA